AUGCGAGCUCGAACCGUCCCGGCCACGGGGCUGAUCUUCUCACGAACACCCUCGACCUCCGUGUGCCUCCAAUGCCUCCGCGAUGAUCUCCGCUUGACUCCCGUUUCUCUUCAAUCUCGACGAUACCACCCCAGUCGCCGAAGAGAUGUCUCUCCGUUUGGAGCCGCUGUGUCAGCCGCGCAGACCAUUUUCAAGGGUAUGCCGAAAGCACCUCCGGGGAUCUCGGUCGACCCGUUGAGGAUAGUUGGCAAGGAGCUCAAGUUCCUGACCAAAAAUCUCCGUCAAUUGCUGGGAUCGGGUCACCCGGCAUUGGACAAGGUGGCCAAGUAUUAUACUCGCAGUGAGGGCAAGCACAUGCGGCCAUUGCUGGUGCUGCUUAUGUCCCAGGCGACAGCCUUGGACCCGCGGAAGCACAAUCCCAACCAAGACAGCACGAAACCCGUCAACGAUCCUCUCAGCGCGCCAUCCAUCCUUGACGAUCUCAAUCCUGAUAUCAAUCCACUCGUAUCUCCAUCCGCCGAAGGCCAGUACGACUUUGCGGGCGACGACCACAUUCUGCCCUCGCAGCGGCGUCUGGCCGAGAUCACGGAGCUGAUCCACACGGCAUCCCUUCUCCACGACGAUGUCAUUGACAACGCGGUGACUCGCCGAGCCAGUAGCUCGGCGAACCUGGCGUUCGGAAACAAGAUGGCGGUGCUGGCGGGCGAUUUCUUGCUGGGGCGGGCCUCGGUGGCGCUGGCUCGUCUGCGGGAUCCCGAGGUGACUGAGCUGAUGGCCACUGUGAUUGCCAAUCUGGUGGAGGGCGAGUUCAUGCAGCUGAAGAACACAGCCCAGGACGAGUCCAAGCCCGUGUUCGCCGACGAGACCCUCUCCUACUACCUGCAAAAGACCUACCUGAAGACCGCCAGUCUGAUCAGCAAGUCCUGCCGCUCUGCCGCCGUGCUUGGCCGGAGCGCCCCCGAGGUCAUCGAGGCCUCCUACGCCUACGGUCGCAACUUGGGGUUGGCGUUCCAGCUGGUGGAUGAUAUGUUGGAUUAUACCGUCACUGAGGCGGAGCUGGGCAAGCCGGCUGGUGCAGACCUGGAGCUAGGCCUGGCGACCGCGCCGCUCCUGUUUGCGUGGAAGAGUAACCCGGAGCUCGGCCCGUUGGUGGGUCGGAAGUUCCGUGAAGAGGGGGACGUGCAGAGGGCCCGUGAGCUCGUCUACCACAGCGACGGCGUUGAGCAAACCCGUGCGUUGGCCCAGGAGUAUGCCGACAAGGCUGUGGCUGCCAUCAGCGACUUCCCAGACAGCGAGGCCAAGUCCGGGCUGAUCGACAUGUGCGAGAAGACCAUGCGGCGGAAAAAAUAA